UAACGUCACGAGGCGGCCCCGGGAGCUUGUUUUUUCUCUGGAGCAGCCAUGAGCAAGCGCAACCAAGUGUCGUACGUGCGGCCCGCCGAGCCGACUUUCCUGGCUCGCUUCAAAGAAAGGGUCGGUUACAGGGAAGGACCCACUGUUGAGACCAAGAGAAUCCAGCCUCAGCUCCCAGAUGAAGAUGGUGAUCACAGCGACAAGGAAGAUGAACAACCUCAAGUGGUGGUUUUGAAAAAGGGAGACCUAUCAGCUGAAGAAGUCAUGAAAAUUAAAGCAGAGAUAAAGGCUGCCAAAGCAGAUGAAGAACCAGCUCCAGCUGAUGGAAGAAUCAUGUAUCGAAAACCAGUCAAGCGUCCCUCAGAUGAAAAAUAUUCAGGUUUAACAGCAAGCUCAAAAAAGAAAAUGGCAAAUGAAGAUGAAAUAAAUAAGGACUCAGUUAAAAAGAACUCACAAAAGCAAAUAAAAAACAAUAGCCUCCUUUCUUUUGAUAAUGAAGAUGAAAAUGAAUAAGCAUACACAUUUUGGACUUAGUCUCCUUGGGGAGUAUAAGGGGUAUUUUUUUUUUAAUAACUUUUUUUUCCUAUUUUAAAGAUGUAGUACAAGUUCAUUAUAGGAGAUUUAGAAAAUACAGAAAAAAGUUUAAUAAGAUAAAAACUAUGUCCAGCUUUCAAUACCCCUCUGACUUGAAAUGCUAACAGUAUAAAAGUUAACUACCAUUAAUAUUUUAUUUCUCAUAUGUGUGGGUGUGCCCCUGUAAAUUAUAUAUUUUUUAAACAAAAUUGAGAUUUUAUUGUAUAUGUUCAGUGUCCUGCCUCUCACUUGACAUUAACUGUGAACAUUUUCCAGGUCAAAAAACUUUAAAACCUGACAUUUAUAGCUACAAGGGAUUUCAAAAUUAAAUGGAACCCCUAUUGCAUCCUUCUUAUUAGUGGAACCCUGCUUAGGGUGAGGGAGAUGAUAAUGUGCCUAAUUAAAAAUACCUCCCCAACUCCUGCUAGGGGAGGCCGUAUGACUCAGCUCUGGCAAAAUUAAGAGCUACAAGUGGAAGUCUGCUCAGUAAAGCUACUGGGGUUUUUUUGUACAAAAGGGAAAGCCUGAACCUUUGCCAUUUUCCCUUUAUACUGCCUGGAGCACGGACUUGGAACCUAGAAGUACCUAGACAUGUUUAGGCAUGAGGAAGCCAGCCACUUGUUCUGGAUGAUACAGUGGAAAGAUUCAAGGAGCAUCACUGGAUCCCUGAUGGCAUGCUUCAUGGAGCUGCUGUCCCAGCCUUGGAUGGUGACCUCUGGGCUUGAUACAUAAGAACAGUAAACACCAUGCUGAUUUAAGCCUCAGUUAGGUUUUCUGUUACAAACAGCCAAAUGCAUUCCUAGCUGAUACAGUAAGUAACUGUAGUAGAACAUGCUUAUACAGAAAUCUUCACGUGCACUUCAGAUGAUUUCCUUUGAAUAAAUUGCUAGAGGCAGAUGUACUGAAUCACAGUAUUUGAAUAUUUUUAAAGCUAUUUAUGCUUACCGUCAAAUUGCAUUCUAGAGGUGUUUUAUCAGUUUAUUCUUCCACUAUCUAUGAGAAUCCAUUUCACCUCAACCAUGAUUUCAGUGCUGGCACUACCCCUUUAAAUUUUGUCAAUUUGAUGUAUUGAAAAUGGUAUUUUAUCGUUUAAUUGGCCUUUUUUCUUGUCUACCAGAAAUUAAACUUUUCCAUAUGGUAAGGGA